GUGCCCCACUUACAUGCUGCUGCUCCCAGCCACUUCCUCAGCCACCCACAUGGCCCCACACAGACGCCACUUCCUCUCGCCCCUCUGCCUCUGGAUGACACUCAUCCUGUGCAUUGCACUGCUGAUGCAGCCAACCUUUGCACUGGAGGCACAGCACCAACAGCAGCAACCCGCUGAUGGCAUAUUCGACAUGGAGAGGGACGUCGGGGCCCCACCACCGGCACCCGUGGCAGCCAGCAUGCAGCUGAAACUCAACGACAUCCAAAGUUACUUGAAGUCCCUCGACAAAAGCAAAAAGGGAGAGGCAAAUCACGCAGCCACCACUACCGCCGCCACUGCAUCUACCACCGCCGUUCAUUGUGACCCCGUGUCAUUAAUGUGGGGUAUUGGAGAUACGACAGCCUACGUAGGACGCUUGUUUACCUAUCCCUUACCAAAUGAUGUGUUCAAAGGAGACAUAAAGUCAUUCAAGGUAAUGGAGGCUGGCAAGACGACCCUACCCAAGUGGUUGUAUUUCGACGUUGAGACUCGUACCUUCUCUGGAGUCCCGAAACCAGCAGACAUCGCCCAGUAUUACAUCGAGGUUGUGGCGCAGGCUGAGGACCAAGGAGCUGUUAGUCAGUUCGCCAAAGAUGUCUUCUCGAUUCAUGUGACCAAAGAAAGCUCGAAACCCGCCACAAUGGCGGCAGCAGCAACAGCAAUCAGUGGUUCAUCAUCAAAGAAGAACAGCAAAGGUUCAAAUUUUCCACCAGUCAUCCGAUGCAUGACCCAGGAGCCAGAGACUGCAUUUACGCUAAUUGUUGAUGCAGACCUUGAUCAACUUCCUCCCCACGGCAUUGUGGGACUGUUAAAGAAACUGGAGCACAAUCUGGAGCUUGUGUCUGAGAUGUUUAAGGUCGGUCCUGCCACCACUGGCAACAGGCCCAUCCCUCCUGUCCAUGCAGUCACCCCAGACACAUCGUCCUCAUCUACCCUUGUAUCAGGGCCCGGUGACACAAAAAUCGCAAAACACCCCGGGGUGCUUGUCACAUGGCUGGUUGGUUGUGGCCGAGUGGAGCUGCAGCACAUGAACGUUCUACAGAGGGUGGAAUCAAUUUCAGCAAAUGGCACCUUGUCCGGGCUCCUCGGUCAUGGAGUUGUAGGGUGGCAUGUGACAAACAGACAAGUAACCCUGCCUGAGAAGAGGGUAAGGCGUGCAGCCAUCAUGGCCACACCGGCUGUCACUGACAUUGCACCGACGCGCACCCACCUGCAUUCACACAAGACCCACCACCGACAUACAGAUGGAAUGGCCAUCAGCAUGCCCGAAUAUUGCAGUCGCGCAAGAAAGCUAAAACCACGAAUAGCACACAGGAUUCCUGUACAGGAAUUCGAGGCCGGGAAGCGAGCCUACUUCUCUGUGCCAUCUGACACGUUCAUUGACUGCAAGGAUCCCAGCGACCGCUUGACGCUGGCAUUUUUCCUUAAGCAACUCCCUCCCAACAUUUGGCUGCAGCGAGACCCGGCCAAUAACAAGAGUAUAAUUGGGCUGCCAAUGGAAAGCAAUGUGGGCAUCCUCAACGUGACAGUGGUGGCGAUAAACAGUGAUGGAAUGUUCAACAACAUGGACUUCCUCGUGAAGGUUCUGAAGAACAAGAACCUCAAGAGCAACAAGGUAACCCACAAGAUCAAGAUGAAGUUCAGUAUGGAGUACAAGAAGUUCAUGUCAAACCUCGACUCGAGGCUCGAUCUCAUUGACAAGAUCGGCAAAUUGUACGGAGACGCAGAUGCGAGCAGCGUCACAGUGCUCGAAAUAACAGAGGGGUCCGUGGAGGUGUCGUGGACAAACAACACUCUCGUCGGCACAAAAUGCCCCGAUGAUGCUACCAAAGCCCUUUUUGAACGCCUAGUUGAUGACAAAAAGCGGGUGAAACGUUCAGCAAGGAAAGCAAUGAAACCUUUCAAGCUGCAAUCGGCCCAAAUAAUCCCGAUGGGAGCUUGUGCUGGGGUCUAUAUCAACCCAAUGCCGAGCACCACAAUGGUAGCAUCAACAACACCAGAACUCAAUAUCAACCCAAUGCCGAGCACCACAAUGGCAGCAGCAACAACACCAGAACUCAAUAUCAACCCAAUGCCGAGCACCACAAUGGUAGCAUCAACAACACCAGAACUCAAUAUCAACCCAAUGCCGAGUACCACAAUGGCAGCAACAACAACACCAGAACUCAAGAAACCACAGUCUGAUGAUGAGAACGAUAUUCCUAUUUCAACCAUUGUCCUUGAUAUCACCAUCGUGUCCAUAUUGCUUCUGGCCCUGCUCAUUACUUGCAUCCGUUACCGAAAGAAUCGGAGAGGAAUGAUGUCGCUCUCGUCUGCCGGCGAGGGCACCCAGUCGACCCCGACCCAGACCGAAGAAGAGGUGGGCCUUGCAGCGACGGUGGAGUAAACGAACCCAUACUCGGCUCGCAACCGUAUGAGCCACCACCUCCUGUCACUGCGUCGCAGGGCAAGAAACAGCCGCGCCCCCACGUGCAACCCCCCUAAAGAUCACCUCCUCCAUAUGUGCCUCCAUAAGUUCAUUGCUGAAGUGUAAUUAUAUAUAUAACUGUAUGUAUAUAUAUAUGUAUGUAUACUUAUACAUAUAUAACGUAUGUGUGUGUGUGUAUAUAUUAUAUACACUUGU